AUGAGCAGCGUAGAACAACAAGCACCCGUGCCGGCUGCGGCCACGACACCGCAGCAGCAGCCUUUGGGCACCCCCACACAACAAAACGCGCCCACACCUGCGUCUGUUGCGAACUCAGGCGGCGACCAGCUUGUCUGCCAGUGGCAAACCUGCGGCGAGCGUCUGCCUUCCGCUGAGCAGCUUUACGAUCACGUUUGCGAGCGCCAUGUUGGUCGCAAGAGCACCAACAACCUAAACCUGACAUGCCAGUGGGGAAAUUGCCGUACUACGACUGUAAAGCGUGACCACAUCACGUCUCACAUUCGUGUUCACGUUCCCCUGAAGCCUCACAAGUGCGAUUUCUGCGGCAAGGCUUUCAAGCGCCCCCAGGAUUUGAAGAAGCACGUCAAGACCCACGCUGAUGACUCUGUUUUGCUUCGCUCACCCGAGCCCAACCGUGGCGGUCCUCAUGGUGCCUCAGGCUACCCAGGCCAGAGCGGCAAGCUCGUUGCUGACUUGCAGGCACUUGCCGCUACAGCGAGUGGAUAUCAGUACCCUGAAGGUGCCCUUGGACAAGGCGCAUAUGGCCAGCAACACCCUGGAGGUGCCCCCGCCGGAUUCUACGGAGGCCCACCACAGAACUCAGCCUAUGGCCCAGUUUACUACGCCGUCAACCAGACGCAGCAGUUGAGCAACGACUACGAGAUCCGUAAGCGUGCAGCUUAUGAUGCAUUGAACGAAUUCUUUGGCGAUGCCAAGCGCCGUGCCAUUGAUCCGUCCACCUACUACGACGUUGGUCAGCGCCUGAUGGGUCUCCAGGGCGUCCAGCUCCCCGUUCUCGGUGGCUACCAGUCUCAUGGCAUGUCUGAGUACGGCCACGGCGGCACUAUGGUCGCCCAGGCCUCGCACCCUCCAAUGCACCACCCCUACUCGCUCCCUCUUCCCAACCUGAGGACGAAGAGCGAUCUUUUGAACAUUGACCAGUUCUUGGAGCAGCUCCAGAGCACUGUUUACGAGAACCCCAACCAAGCUGCGGCUGCUGGUGUCCAACAAGCUGGUGCUCACUACGUCCAUACCGGUGCUGGAGGCUACCGCUCAAGUCACUCACCACCUGGCUUGUCGAGCAGCCACUCCCAGUCUUCGCACACAACUGCUGGUCCUAACGACACACCUGCUCUCACACCGGCUUCCAGCGUUCUGUCGUACAGCUCUCAGCACUCACCCGGUGCUUCCAGCGGUGUCUCACCCACAUCAAGGUCAUCGAUUGGCAGCAUGUACCCUACUCUUCCGUCAGUCAGCGCCAUGUCUGACAUGUCUGCCGCCGCUCCUUCGUCUGGUCUUGCUCCUGCUUUCGAUGCUGAUGGUCGCCGGAGAUUCUCCGGCAAUCUUCUCCAGAAGGCUGCUCCAGGAAGCGAUGACGAGAUGGACACUGGCUCUGAUGGUUCCAACAGGUCUCGCCGCAACUCUGAGCAAGACACCCUCCAUCACGACGUCAAUCAGCUCGCUAUCCACUCGCCCAAGGUCGACCCUGCUCUUCGCUCACCUAGUGUUGUGUCGGAUACUCCCACAGAGACACCCAAUGACUCCCAGAACUGGGUUGAGAACAUUCGCGUAAUCGAGAGGCUCAGGGCUUGGCUCAAGGAGCGUCUCGACACUAGCGAUUUCGUGGACGAGGACGAGGAGAACGACACUAAGUCGGAGCACCGCACCAUUGAGGACGAAGAUGAGCACAACCUCUACCCUGUCCUUCGCGCUGUGCAAGAAGGUCGGGAGUAA